AUGCAGAUUUUGAACUUAAGAAGGGAGUUCGAAACUUUAAGAAUGAAGGAUUUUGAGUUGGUAAAAGACUUUAUUGACAGACUUAUGAAGGUAGUAAACCAGAUCAGAAUUCUUGGAGAGGAGCUAGGAGAUAGAAGAGUGGUGGAGAAAGUGCUGGUCAACUUGCCAGAAAAGUUCGAAGCAAAGAUAUCAUCCUUGGAGAAGUCAAGAGACCUGAAUCAUAUUUCUUUGUCAGAGCUUGUUAAUGCUUUACAAGCAACUGAACAAAGAAGAUCUAUAAGACAAGAAGAAACCUCAGAAAGUGCUUUUUUAGCAUUACGAAAAGGUAAGGCUCCAGCAAACAAUAAUCAAAGGAAGCAGCAAAGUGGAGGAAGUAAUGUCAAAGGAAAAUGUGGUGUUGGUACAAGCAGAGAAGGUGAAAGAAAGAAGUUUACGAAGUGCUCUUAUUGCAAAAAGGACAACCAUCCUGAAAAAUAUUAUUGGUUUAGGCUAAAUGUUCAAUGUAGAGUUUGCAAACAAAUAGGACAUAUUGAAAAAGUUUGCAAAAACAAAGGAGGACUAGUGCAACAAGCACACCAAGUACAAGUUGCUGAUGAAGCAUGGAAAAGUGAGGAAAGGCUGUUUGUUGCUACAUGUUAUGUAGAAAACGGCAACAAAGAAGCUUGGUUGGUGGAUAGUGUCUGCACUCAACAUAUGAUUCAUGAUGUUGAUCUCUUCAAGACCUUGGAUAGAAGAUUUGUUUCCAAAGUGCAAAUAGGAAAUGGAGAUUUUAUUCAACUUCAAAGCAAAGGAGAAGUGGCUGUGGAAACUUCAACAGAAUAUGUUGGGUGUAUUUUCCGAAACAAAAAAUUUGAAGUUGCUGAGAUUUUCACUAGCUUUAAAGCCAUGGUAGAAAGUCAAGCAAAAUGUAGCAUUAAGGUGAUAAGAUCUGAUAAUGGGACUGAAUAUAUAGCUCAAAAGUUUGAGUUGAAAUGCAAAGAACUGGAAUUCAACAUCAGCUAA